UCCUUCAGUGGCCGAAAUCAGCAGCUGCUCGGCGGACUGCGUCCUCCCGAUGCUCCCGGUGCCUCCUCCGCAGGCUCCACAACAAAAAAUAAUAAAUACACACUCUGACAGACCUGCUGCUUCUUCUUCAUCCUUCAUCAUCCUCCUCUUCUCCUUCCUCGGAUAUUAAAAAGAAGGAGGAGUAUCUUUUAGUUUAGAUCCACACCUUGAAGAAGAAGCCCGGGGCUAGCUGGGGAAGCUAGCCGGGCCACAGCUCCGGACAGGCGGGCAGAGCAGCUCAGCAUGGCCGCGGGGAAGCACAGCCAGGCCGGGGAGGAGAAGGCGGCGAGUCGGGGUCAGAGUGACGCUAACAGGAAGUUGAAGUACAUCAGUCUGGCCGUGCUCGUGGUCCAGAAUGCGUCGCUCAUCCUCAGCAUCCGAUACGUCCGCACGUUGCCAGGCGACCGCUUCUUCACCACGUCGGCCGUCGUCAUGGCGGAGAUCCUGAAGGUCGUCACGUGUCUGCUCAUCAUCCUGCUGCAGAAGAAGUUCAGUGUGAAGGAGACGGCUUCCUUCCUGCUUGACUCCAUCGUGUUUCAGUAUAAAGACACUCUGAAACUCGCCGUCCCGUCUCUCAUCUACACGCUGCAGAACAACCUGCAGUACGUCGCCAUCUCCAACCUGCCGGCCGCCACCUUCCAGGUGACGUAUCAGCUGAAGAUCCUCACCACGGCUCUGUUCAGUGUGAUGAUGUUGAGGAAAUCUCUGUCCAGAGUUCAGUGGAUCUCUCUGCUGCUGCUAUUCGGCGGCGUCGCCAUCGUCCAGGUGCAGCAGGAAGGGAACAAGGAAGCGUCGGUUUCGGACAGCUCCUCCCAGAACUACACGGUUGGGCUGGUUGCCGUGGUGAUCAGCUGCAUGUCGUCGGGCUUCGCCGGCGUCUACUUCGAGAAGAUCCUGAAGGGCAGCUCCGCGUCCGUGUGGCUCCGCAACGUGCAGCUGGGCCUGUUCGGCAUGGCGCUCGGCAUGCUGGGAAUGUGGUGGAACGACGGCGCCGCCAUCGCCGAGCACGGCUUCCUGUUCGGCUACACCGGCAUGGUGUGGUGCGUCAUCUUCAACCAGGCGUUCGGCGGCCUGCUGGUCGCCGUCGUCGUCAAGUACGCCGACAACAUCCUGAAGGGCUUCGCCACGUCCUUCUCCAUCAUCGUCUCCACGGUGACGUCCAUCUACCUGUUCGGUUUCCACGUCGACCUGAUGUUCACGGCGGGGGCGGGGCUUGUGAUCGGCGCCGUCUACAUGUACAGCCUCCCCAAAGCGGCCGGCGGCUCCUCGUCGCCGGGCGCCUCCUCCUCCUCGGUUUCCUCGGCGACGGCGGCCGGGGCGGAGCGAGGCGCCGAGAUGGAGGCGUUCCUUCCAAAAGCUCAGGGAGGCGACGCGUCUCCUUCCUCUGCCGUCCACAUCACAGACUAACAGCUCAAAGCACAACAAGAGGAAGAGGAGGAG